UGCCCCACACCUAGCCAAAACAAAAUGGGGUUUGUCAUAUCUCACCUAGUACUUUCAAGUUUUGAAGGUGGUUUUCUGUUUGCUUUUGGUGUGUUGCACUGUGGUUUUAAAGUUUUAAUUUUUGAUGAAAAUAAUCAGAACUGGGUUAUUUCACCUAGUAUGGAUUUUCACUCAGUUCUUGCAUUUUGUUCUGAAAAUUAAUACUAUGAAUUGAUACUAUGAAAGUCACAGUAUUGCUGUGAUACUGUGAAACUAUGAAAGUCAUGCGAGGAUAUGGUGAUACUGUGAAAACGUGAAAGUGUGUUUGUGUGGUAUUGGUAUGAUAAGUCUUAGCGAAAUAGGCCUAUGAAAGAAAAUCUUUUUAGGAUUCCUCUAGUCUCACUAAGUCCUACUUAUGGCGUAAUAUGAACCUUAAAGCUUUUAAUCAGUUGGUGGGGUUCCCUCGUCAGUUCUUGUAUUUUGUUCCGAAAAUUAACAUUGCCACCAGAUCACCAUAGUUGAAAACCUAUGUUUGAAAUCAUUUUUACCGGUCCCGGUCCUAAUAGAAGGGCAGUUCUGGUGCUUCGGGAUAGAGCUCUGCCAGGCGCGAACUAUGGAUUUUGAAGAUGUCGCUGGGAUCCAGUUUUGUGAAGGACAGUUCGGACUAUAAACCGAUCGAAAAAGAUCGACAUAUUUCUUAUUUCUAUGUCAGAUCUGAGAGCUACGAGCUGGUUUUCGAAAGAUCCUUCUGGAAAACCUAUAGAGACCUCAUGAAAAGUUUUCCUUCUGACAUAGUUUGAUGUGCACUGGACCUGGCGACAACCGUUUCUCAAUAUCUCAACGUCGUCCUGAGUUAUUCGAAAAGGCGCAUAGUAUCUUAUUUUUUGACUCCAAUAGUAAUUCUUUAAGUAUAACAACAUUUGGCAAAAACCCACCCUCGCAAUAUGGUUCUUUCAUUGUUUACGUAUCGAUGUGUAAGUAUGAAGAAGCAUGCGUAUAAAAAACUCCACUUUAAAACUAUACACGUGCGGUGAAAAACUAACUUUCAAAACCGUUCUCUUUGCAGUCUUCGGCAAAAAAAAUUCGAAAAUCGUUUUCUGUUCAGUUCCGUUCUCUGUAGAGCGUAGAAAUUUAAUAAGGCGCCCCCUGUUCUCCAUUCAGUCCAAACUCCGUUUUCCAAUUUUAACGAAAGCAUGAAAGUGUUAAAUGCCACUAAUAAUAUACUUUAUUCAAACGAUCAAAAAAUUACAAUUGGUGCUAUGUAAUUUAGAAAAUCAAAAUCAUUCGAACAAUCAAGAUUGAUUGAUUAUAUAUAUGUCUUUAAAAAAGAGAAUGUGUAAUUCAACUAUUUUAUAUAAAACGAUCAAAAAAGAAUGAUGGCUGUUGACAAUAAGGUACGCUUUGGAUUCUAUACAUUAAACAGUAAUAGAAAUUCAAGUCGGAAAGUCAAAAUUUUGAAAACUUCCACUUAUCAAAAUCCAUUUCUUUCAUAAACCUUAAAUUUUCACUCAUGAGUAAUUAAAAUUUCAUUAAAAUUUGACACAUAAGUUCAGUGGAAAAUAAUAAGCAUUCUUGACUAUAAUUCUAAGCAUUGUAAUAUAAUAAAAUAUAUGUCAUUUCAUCACUUCAAUAUUAUCCUGUUCUUUUUGACAAGAAAAAGAAGAAAGAAAUAACAUUUACUAACCGAAAUGACAAUAUUUUUAUAAAAUGCAAUCAAUUUUGUCGCUACUGUAAAUGGACGUGUUUUGAACCAUGUUUCACGUACUGUGUACUCUUAUUAUGUACUCUUUUCUGGCAUAGUAUGACAUAAUUGUUGCAUACUUAUUAUGUACUCUAAGUACAUCUACUGGUUCUCAAUGAACUUCGAGAACCAUAGAAUCGUUAGCCUUCACACUUUUAAUGGAUACUCUACAGACACUGCUUUUAUUUUAAAGUAAUAUUCUUUUUUGUUCUGUUUAAAAGAUUCCUCUCAGGAGAUACAAUUUAGUCCUUAGGGCGACAGUUUCACUGGAUUGGUUUCCUUUUCUUGUUCGUUAUGAUUUCUUUAAAUAAAAAGCUUAAAUCGAACUACAGGAAAAAUCCAUAGAAGAAAAGAUACGACCUUUUUACCGUAGGGUAUUCCAUGAGUGGUUUUCAUAAUUCAAUGUAGAAAUGAUUACAAUUUAAGCAGGUGUAUUACAGGAAGUGAAUAAACGUUUGUUAUAAUAUCUUUCUUUUUUAUAUAAACUUUUUUAUUUCAAUGAAGAAAUACAAAACAAAUCGAGACGUUGUCACAUUACAGUUAUAAUAUCUUGUUCAAUGUCUUAUCAAGUAUUCUUUGUCUUCAUCAUUACACAUUCUAUUCAAUCAGAAAUGUUCGAGUCUGAUAUUAAAUUAUUACCGUAUGGUACGGCAUUUCAACCGGCUAAUCCUGUUGACCUGUUAAGUGUAACAAAUAUAAAAACAUUAAUGCGUUGUGCAGCAUUGUGUAAUCGAAAUUCAUCAUGUCGUACUUUUGAUUAUAAUUCGUAUUCGAUGCAAUGCCGAUUAUUUCAGGGCGAAUUGUCAUCAGGCACAUUAAAUUCGUCAACAUUAUUAAAAUCCAGAAUAGGUGCGAUAAAUUAUCGCCCACAACUAUAUUCUCUAUUUAAUCACACAUGUGUUGAAGGGCAAAUGAAUCGUUAUCUGUUAUGCGUAAGUGGUACCGAACAAUGUCCGUCUUAUACAUUCUGGAAUGAUUAUGAUUCGAAUGAUCGUACGGACACAGAAGAUCAAGGCGAUAAUGCUGAGGAUGUGGUAGAAAAAGUUAACUAUAUGAAACAAGUUGUAGCACUUGCGAAUGAAACACAUUCAGAUGACAAACUUCGUCGAUCAUAG